AUGCACUCCGGCCUGCCCUAUCAUGCACGCCUGCACACCUCAGCAUUAUAUCUUGCGUACCCCUUCGACCGUACUCUCUUCGCAAUAGUUCCCCUGGCUUCACUAUCUGCUUCACCUUCGUCUCCCCCGCCCGAGCCCGGUCCUCUUAAGAUGAGACAACGGCGCUCAACGCACAGGGCUAACUGCCAUCCCUACCUCUUCACGCUCAUCACCCUCACCGCUAUGGCUGAACUAGGCCUUACCGCCUUUCUUAUCAGUGCGGGGAGCGAGAUCCACACCUGGGCCAGUCCAGGAUAUUAUUCCCUCCUAAUAUUGCUUUGCGUUGAGGCUGCCUGGACGCUCCUUUUCGCUGGUGCAUAUGUACUCUGGGUCGUUGACGGCGCAGUGCACGUUCUGGCCAAUGUAGCCAGCUCUGUCAUAUGGCUGCUGCUCACCUCCAUUCUAUGGGGUGCUGGCACUGGGCUUAUACAUGGCAACCGGAUCAGUAGCAACUGUCCUGAGCAUGCCCCUCUUUCGCGGUGUCGCCAGACAAUGACCGUCGAGGCGCUCGGCUGGACCGAAUUUGGCUUGUGCUGCCUGACACUCAGCGCAACGAUCUUGUGGUUGAGAACCGGAUUGGGGAAGAGAAAUCAUGUCAAGGAUUCGCGGACUUUCGUAUAG